UUUCCCCUUCCAUCCUUCACUUCAAAACUCAACUCUCUCCCUUCGCUUCUUCUGAUUCGCAUUCGACAGCAACUGCGUUCGUUUCGUUUUCGCUCCCUCUGUCGUUUUUGCUAAUUCGCUGCGUUUCGUAGCUCCUCAAUCAUGGCCAAAGGCGUAAUCUCAGACGAAGAAGACGACGUCGAACUCGACGAGGAAGAGAGGGAACCCGUCGACGGUGACGAAUUGGAAGAGGGUCGCGAUGUAGACAACGAAGAAGAGGACGAAGAAGAGGAAGGGCAGGAUGAAUAUGAAAACGAUGGGUUUAUAGUGGACGACAUUGAGGACGAAGAGGAGGAGGAUGAAGAAGAAGAGAGAGCAGAAAGUGAUGAUGAGCGACAGAAGAAGAAAAAGAGGAAGAAAAAGGAGGAGUAUGUCCUUGAUGAAGAUGAUUAUGAAUUGCUGGAGGACAAUAAUAUCAAUAUUCAUCGUCGGAAGGAGAGCAAAAAGUUCAAGCGGCUGAAAAAAGGCAGGAGGGAUACCGAGGAGGAGCCCUCUGGGCUGUCUGAUGAGGAGGAGUUUGUUGGAAGUGGUAAAGUUGGGCGAACUGCUGAGGAGAAGCUUAAACGCAGUUUAUUUGGUGAUGAUGAAGGAGCUCCACUUGAAGACAUUGCUGAAGAGGAGGAGCAAGGAGAAGAGGAAGAGGAUGCAGACAUUGGAGAAGAUGAUGAAAUGGCCGACUUCAUUGUGGAUGAAGAAGAAGUUGAUGAGAAUGGGGCUCCUAUGAGGCAGAAGAAGCUGAAGAGAAAGAAAACUAGGCAGGCUCCUGGAGUCUCUUCUUCAGCUCUACAAGAAGCUCAAGAAUUAUUUGGUGAUCCAGAUGAGUUGAUUCUGAAUCGCCAGAAAAAUCUAGAAAUGAGUGAAUUUAGAGAGACUAGACUUGAAGAUGAAUUUGAGCCUAUUGUUCUUUCUGAGAAAUAUAUGACAGAGAAGGAUGACCGGAUUAGGGAGCUUGAUAUUCCCGAGAGAAUGCAGAUAUCAGAUGAGAGUACUGGUGCUCCUCCGUUGGAUGCAAGUAGUAUAGAUGAAGAGAGUCAAUGGAUUUGCAAGCAACUUAAAGAUGGAGCAAUCUCUUGGAUUCCCAAGAAGAUUUCAAACUCCCAGAAUAAUGAAGAGGAUGACUUACCAGUCGACAAGGAUGAUAUUAUCAGAUUUUUGGAACUGCAUCAUGUGCAAAAAUUAGAUAUUCCUUUUAUUGCUAUGUAUCGGAAGGAGGACUGCUUAAGCCUAUUAAAAGACCUAGAGCACCCUGAAGCUGGUGAUGAUAAUUGGGAUAAGAAUGACAAGACACCUACUCUGAAAUGGCACAAGGUACUUUGGGCUCUUCAGGACUUGGACAAGAAGUGGUUGCUUCUUCAGAAGCGGAAGAGUGCCCUCCAGUCAUACUAUAAUAAACGGUUUGAAGAAGAGUCCCGUCGUGUGUAUGAUGAAACAAGACUAAACUUGAAUCGUCAAUUGUUUGAAUCAGUUAUGAGAUCGCUGAAGGAAGCAGGAUCUGAGAAGGAGAUUGAUGAUGUUGACUCCAAGUUCAACUUGCAUUUCCCACCUGGCGAAGCUGGUGUUGAUGAAGGACAAUACAAGAGGCCUAAAAGGAAGUCUAUGUAUAGCACUUUCAGUAAGGCUGGUCUUUGGGAGGUUGCAAGCAGGUUUGGAUGUAGUCCUGAGCAACUUGGAUUAUGUCUAACUGAAGUUAACCUGCAAGAGUUGGAAGAUCCAAAGGAAACACCAGAAGAGAUGGCUUCCAACUUUACAUGUGCUAUGUAUGAUACCCCUGAAGAAGUACUUAAAUGUGCCAGGCACAUGGCAGCUGUUGAGAUAAGUUGUGAGCCUAGCAUUAGGAAAUAUGUACGUAGCCACUUUCUUGAUCAUGCAGUUGUCUCAACUUGUCCUACUGCUGAUGGAAAUACAACAAUAGAUUCUUUCCAUCAAUUUGCUGGGGUGAAGUGGCUGCGGGAGAAGCCUUUGUCUAAGUUCGAUGAUUUGCAAUGGCUCCUUAUACAGAAAGCAGAAGAGGAGAAACUCAUUCAAGUUAUUAUUAAACUGCCUGAGCAGUAUCUUAAUAAGUUAAUAGACCAAUUCAAUGAAUAUUAUAUUAGUGACAGUGUUAGCAGAUCUGCUCAACUGUGGAAUGAUCAGAGGAAAUUGAUACUGCAUGAUGCCAUUUUUCGAUUCCUUUUACCAUCAAUGGAAAAAGAGGCAAGAGGUGUCUUGGCAAGUAAAGCAAAGAAUUGGUUACUUAUGGAAUACGGGAAAGCCUUAUGGACUAAGGUUUCUGUGGGACCUUAUCAACAGAAGGAAAAUGAUCUUGGCUCAGAUGAUGAGGCUGCUCCUCGGGUUAUGGCGUGCUGUUGGGGCCCUGGAAAGCCACUAACAACUUUUGUCAUGUUAGAUUCAUCAGGUGAAGUGCUUGAUGUGCUUUACACUGGGUCACUUACCUUUAGGUCACAGAAUGUUAAUGACCAACAACGGAAGAAGAAUGACCAGGAACGGGUGUUGAAGUUUAUGACCGAUCACCAACCACAUGUUGUUGUUUUAGGAGCAGUUAACUUGUCUUGCACCCGUUUGAAGGAAGAUAUAUAUGAGGUCAUUUUUAAGAUGGUGGAGGAAAAUCCUAGAGAUGUUGGGCAUGAAAUGGAUGGGCUCAGCAUUGUCUAUGGGGAUGAAUCUCUUCCUCGUCUUUAUGAAAAUUCUAGAAUUUCCUCUGAACAACUUCCUUCUCAACAAGGUAUAGUGAGGCGAGCUGUUGCUCUUGGACGUUAUCUCCAGAACCCAUUGGCAAUGGUUGCAACAUUAUGUGGACCUAGAAAGGAAAUACUGUCAUGGAAACUGAGCCCUUUGGAGAGUUUUCUCAACCCGGAUGAUAAAUUUGCAAUGGUCGAGCAGGUUAUGGUAGAUGUCACCAAUCAGGUUGGCUUAGACAUUAAUUUAGCAAUAAGUCAUGAAUGGUUAUUUGCUCCGUUACAAUUUGUUUCUGGGCUUGGUCCACGGAAGGCUGCAUCCUUACAGAGAUCCCUUGUAAGAGCUGGUGCAAUUUUUACUCGGAAGGACUUUCUGACUGAACAUAAACUUGGUAAAAAGGUGUUUGUCAAUGCGGUUGGUUUCUUGCGUGUCCGGCGAAGUGGUUUAGCUGCUAGCAGCAGCCAAUUUAUUGAUUUGCUGGAUGAUACACGAAUUCAUCCUGAAUCUUAUAUUCUUGCACAAGAGUUGGCCAAAGAUGUGUAUGAAGAAGAUGGCACAGGUGAUGCAAAUGAUGAUGAUGAUGCACUGGAGAUGGCCAUAGAGCAUGUGAGAGACCGACCUAGUUAUUUGAAAAACCUUGAUGUUGAGCAAUAUGCUUCUGGGAAAAAACGUCAGAAUAAAAUACAAACUUUCUAUGACAUAAAAAGAGAAUUGAUUCAAGGUUUUCAGGAUUGGCGUAAGCAAUAUGAAGAACCAAGUCAAGAUGAGGAAUUCUAUAUGAUUUCAGGUGAGACUGAAGAGACCCUUGCUGAAGGCAAAAUCGUCCAAGUCACAGUUCGCAGAGUGCAAGCCCAGAAAGCAAUAUGCGGGCUUGAAUCUGGAAUGACUGGAAUCCUCUUGAAAGAAGACUAUACAGAUGACUGGAGAGAUAUAAUUGAAUUAUCUGAUAGGCUACAUGAAGGUGACAUGCUCACUUGUAAAAUUAAGUCAAUCCAAAAGAAUAGGUAUCAAGUCUUCCUUGUAUGUAAGGAUAGUGAAAUGAGAAGUAAUCGGUUACAGAAUAACCGUGAUAUUGACCCCUAUUACCAUGAAGACCGAAGCUGUUUUCAGAGUGAUCAAGACAAAGCUAGGAAAGAAAAGGAGCUUGCAAAAAAGCAUUUCAAGCCAAGGAUGAUUGUUCAUCCACGCUUUCAGAACAUAACUGCAGAUGAAGCAAUAGAGUUCUUGUCUGACAAAGAUCCUGGAGAAAGUAUUAUCCGUCCUAGUUCACGAGGACCUUCAUAUCUUACUUUAACUCUCAAAAUUAAUGAUGGAGUAUAUGCCCAUAAGGAUAUAGUUGAAGGUGGGAAGGAACACAAGGACAUUACAAGCUUACUCCGAAUUGGGAAGACACUAAAAAUUGGAGAGGACACUUUUGAGGACUUAGAUGAGGUUAUGGACCGCUAUGUUGAUCCCUUGGUGGCUCACUUAAAGGCAAUGUUAAACUAUCGCAAAUUCCGAAAGGGUACAAAAGCAGAAGUUGAUGAACUUUUGAAGAUGGAGAAAGCCGAGUAUCCGAUGCGCAUAGUCUAUAGUUUUGGCAUCUCCCAUGAACAUCCUGGCACAUUUAUAUUAACUUACAUAAGAAGUACAAAUCCACACCAUGAGUACAUUGGGCUUUACCCAAAAGGAUUCAGGUUUAGGAAAAAGAUGUUUGAGGACAUCGAUAGGCUUGUAGCAUAUUUUCAGAGGCAUAUUGAUGAUCCCCAGCAUGAUUCAGCCCCUUCGAUUAGAUCUGUGUCUGCUAUGGUACCAAUGCGAAGCCCUGCAACUGGUGGCUCAUCUGGGGCAUCUGGGGGUAGUGGUUGGGGUGGUGGUUCAAACAGUGAGGGUGGCUGGAGAGGUCACUCUUAUGAUAGGGGGGAUCGAUCAUCUACUCCUGGUUCCAAGACAGGACGAGGUGAAUACAGAAACAAUGGGAAUCAGGACGAACAUCCUAGUGGAGUGCCUCGUCCAUAUGGUGGUGGACGAGGACGUGGUCGUGGCCGAGGUUCUUAUAAUAAUAGAGGAGACAACUCCAAUAAUGAAAGACAGGACUCUGGUUAUGGGGGCAGAUGGGGUUCUAAUAAUACAAAGGAUUCUGAUGAUGGUUUAAGCAAUUUUCCAGGGGCCAAGGUUCAGAAUUCUCCUGGAAGAGAAGCUUUUCCUGGUGGUUGGGGUGGUGGUGGAAGCGGUGGAGGUGGAGCUAGUAACAGUGACAAUGGUGGCUGGGAACAAGCAAGUGGUGGUGCUGGUCCAAGUGAUGGUGAACAAGGAAGCUCUGGCUGGGGAUCUGCCACAAAGAAAGCAGCAUCUGGGAACGGAUGGGGGUCUGGAAAUUCUGGCGGUGGUUGGUGAACUCACCUCACCUCUGAGAACUUAGAUUAGCUUUACCCGCAGUAGGUUGAUCCUGAAGUAAUCCUUUUUUCCCCCUGAAAUGAAUGGAUUAUGAUACUUGGGUAAUUUCUUUUUGCAAUGAAAUGAAUUCUGACUGUUUCUUUGAACUUGGGUCCCUGCAUGGUGGAUGGUGGUUAGGGUUUGUCAUGUAAAGCACCACAUUUGUUCAUAACUGUGACACACCCGGAGAAUUAAUGCUUUGGAUAUCAGGGGAGCAAUUUCCAUUCCUGAAACCCGAGCAUAUUUGUAUGCACCCGACGAGCGAACAGAUAAGUUAUAAAGGGAUGCAGUUCCCGUUGAGAAUGGUGUGUUUGCGCCUCUUAUAUUGGAAUAUACCAAAUAGUGAUAUGGUGCCCGCAUUAUAAAUAUACUAGUAUUAGAACCCGGGCGUUACCAUUAUUUUGGAAUGAUUAAUCAAAUAAUGAUAUGAAUUUAGAUGAAAUAUUUUGGAUAUGAA